AUGGAGGACCUUGAAAGAUCAUCCUCACAAGUUCAAUUGGAAGAAGAGCAAGAUAUGUUUAGCUUUGAUUCUGCCCGUUUUGGUAUGUCAUCUUCCAUACCUGAAAGUCCAAACUACGAUGACAGCCAGAUGGAGGUAAUGGUUUCAUCAAAUGAAGCCAUGAUCAGCGAUCCCCAAAUGGUUAGACAGCGAUCAAAUGCUAGUAUUCAUAGUGGUGUCAUGGGUCAUAGUGGAGAAAAAGUAGUUGUUUGUUCUUCAAAUGCUUCAUUUAAGCGAAAGUCCACUUUGAUGAGGACAAAAACAAAAUCUAGGUUAAUGGAUCAACCAGAUAUGGACCAGAGGUCUCACAAGACCCCGGGAUUAUCAGGAAUUCACGGGAAACAUGCUCGUGAGCUAGAAGAAGAUGAAUUCUCCAUAGAAGAUGAUAUGCCAGAUGAGUACAAGACAUGGAACUACAACAAGUGGACUUCACUUCAAAUAAUUAGUUUCAUACUAAUCAUGGGUGCUUUAGCUUAUACACUUUCAACCCCAAAAUUGAGAAAUGAAAACUGUUAUGAUCUCCAAUUGUGGAGAUGGGAAGUUAUGAUAUUAGUUGUGAUAUCCGGGAGAGUCGUUUCUGGAUGGGGGAUUACUAUUUUAGUGUUCUUCAUGGAAAGAAGCUCCUUUCUACGAAAACGACUUCUAUAUUUUGUUUACGGCUUAAAAAAGCAAGUUCAAAAUUGUAUUUGGUUGACUCUGGGUUUGAUCGCUUGGAAAUGUACGUUCGAUAAAAAGGUUGAAAGUUUGGCACAUGCGAAGGUCUUAAGAUAUGUAAACAAGACAUGCAUUUGUCUUUUGGUGGGAAAUAUUUUUUGGUUAGUAAAAACUUUGCUGAUUAGAGUUCUUGCUUCAUCAUUCCAUGUUAACAAGUUUUUUGAUCGGAUUCAAGAUUCUAUAUUUUAUCAAUACGUGAUAGAAACACUUUCGGGCCCACCAGUUAUAGAGAUUCAGCUAAAACAAGAAGAAGGAGAUCGGCUGAUAGAGGAGGUCGAGAAGUUUCAGCGUGUGGGGAUGAGUAUACCAGCGCAACUUAAGGCCAAUAUUCUCAAGGGCUUCGAAGGUAUUAGAACUCCAACAUCAAAUACUCCAGUGGAUGGUAAAAAGGAAAAUAGUAGUCAGAAGAAUGAUAACAUGAUAUCCAUUGACCAUUUGCAUAAGCUAAAUCAAAAGAAUAUAUCUGCUUGGAAUAUGUACAGGAUGAUGAAUAUUAUUAACAAAAAAAUGCUAGCUACUUCAGACAAACAAUUACAAGAUGAGACUUUUAUUCAGAUAACGAAUGAAAAGGAGGCUAAGAUUGCAGCCAAGAACAUAUUUAGUAAUGUGGCAAAACCAGGUUCUGGACACAUUUAUCUUGAAGAUUUGAUGCGAUUUUUGGCAGAAGAUGAAGCUUUGAAGAUAAUUAGACUCCUUGAUGAUGCAAGUGAGACCAAAGGAAUUAGCAAACGAGCUCUCAAAACUUGGAUGGUUAAUGUGUUCAAAGAGCGAAGAUCUCUUGCACUAUCACUCUACGACACAAAAACAGCUGUGGACAACCUUCAACAGAUAUUAAAUGUCGUUGUAGGGAUCAUACUAACCGUGAUGUGGAUUAUUAUUCUUAAAUUUGCUACAACCCAAUUCUUCAUAUUCUUAAGCUCACAGCUAGUAUUGGUAGCCUUUGUGUUUGGAAACACAUGUAAGACUUUGUUCGAAGCAAUUGUUUUCGUGUUUGUAGUGCAUCCAUACGACGUUGGUGAUCGUUGUGAGAUAGAUGGUGUUCAGAUGAUAGUUGAGGAGGUGAAUAUACUAACAACGAUCUUCUUGAGGUAUGAUAAUCAGAAAAUAGCGUAUCCCAACAGCGUGUUGUCUACUAAGCCCAUCGCUAAUUACCAUCGUAGUCCUGACAUGGGUGAUGCCAUUGAUUUCUGCAUCCAUGUAUCAACUCCCACAGAAAAGAUUGCUAAGAUGAAGGAAAUGAUCACAAUCUAUGUUGAGGCAAAAAGCGAGCAUUGGCAACCUGAGCCAAUGAUCGUGUUAAGGGAUGUUGAGGACAUGAAUCGACUCAAAAUAUCAAUAUGGGUUUCACACCGAAUGAAUUUCCAGGACAUGGGCGAAAGAUGGAUAAGAAGAGCUUCUUUAGUAGAGGAAAUAAUCAAGAUUUUUAAAAAUCUUGAUAUUGAGUACCGAAUGCUCCCACUAGACAUCAAUGUUCGCAAUAUACCUGGAUUAAUGGCUUCUAAUCGAUUUCCCUCCAAUUGGACGACUUGUGCAAACUAA